GGCAAGGAGGGAGGAUUAUUGUCAGUUGAAUCAACUUCACUACUAAACAAUCACCUAUUUUGUUCCGACAGUUCUUCAACUCAGAACAGAGAGUUGGACAUUUCAUUAUUUGUGUCCGUCCAUUUCACGCUUUAUAAUAUUUGACAUGAAGAAUUAGAAACGGCAGAAGACGAUAUUUCGCGUUGUCAUUCAGUGGAGGUUUCAUUGUUCCUUCUUUCCAUCGUCUAUAAAAUGUUUCAAUUUAACCGUCUAUGUAUCUCCACCUCGACAGAAUGCGUCUCUGUGCUUAAAGGAAUCAGGAUGGACACCUUUUAUAUUGGCUUCUUUCACUGGAAGCUCUGUCCGUGAGUCUUUCCUCAACAGAUCAAUAGAUCUCCGUUUGUUCUUGAAAGUAUGACAGCCAAUUGGUCUGGUGAAAUGGUUUAGUAGUUUUAUACAUUUUAGUGAAGUUUUCGAAUCUCCGCCGUCUACCAAUAUAUGCCAUUAUCUACCAAAAAUGUGUCUGGCUCAAAAGGUUUAUAAUUGUGAACGAAGUUUCGUAAUCAAAAGAAAUGGAUAAAAGUCAGUUAUCAUCGACAGUUCAUUUGUCAUUUGUCCUGUUUGUAUGAAAAAGUUAAUGGUUCGGGACAUCUAUUUACAAAAUCUAAAAGGAAUUUCAGAAAUAUUUUUCUUUCUUUAAAAAAUGCCCCUCGGACCUAUGUGUUACAUAAACAAUAAUGCUGCUUUCUUGAAUGCUUUUCAACAUGACCCAUCACAACGAUAAAUACCAAAAGACUUUCUUCUCUGAUUUUACGAAACAAAUGACCGACAAUUUAUGUUCUAAGGGUGUUAUUACACCGCAUUCUUUAUGUAGACACAUAAACUGUCAUAAAAUUCUUCCAUUUAAUAACAAUGUUGACGGGCCACUAAGAAAAGAUCUCCAUAUAAUUAAGAAACUCGGGAGUGGAGGAUUUGGUACCGUUUAUUUAGUUUGUUGGAAAUCGAAAAAAUUUGCCUUAAAAAUUUUGCAUCGCAAACCUGAAAAUUUGGUGCUAAAAUGUUUAAAAGCUGAACAGCGGUUGCUUCAUUUUGAACACCCCAACAUAGUAAGGACCCUAAUGGUCCAUUCCUUUUGGACUGGUUAUGAAAAUGGGUUGAUUCUUAUGGAAUAUGUUGGCGAGAGGAAUUUACAGUGUCUCAUCGAUGACUCUAAAGAAGUUCUCUGUUAUAAUCGUCGUGUGAAAUUUGGUUUACAAGUUUCAAAAGCCAUCGAAUUCAUCCAUUCAAAGCAUGUUGUCCACUUGGAUUUGAAACCCACGAAUAUUAUCAUCACGGACAAUGAUGUUUGUAAAAUUUGUGAUUUUGGUUGCUGUCAGUGUGUAAAAUGGCCAGUUGUGGAAACGACUUCAUUGUCUGGCACGGCAGCAUACAUCGCCCCAGAACUUUUAAAAGGAAUGCAACCGACCAAAAAAUGUGAUGUUUAUUCCUUAGGAAUUAUAUUAUGGCAAAUGUUAUCAGGAAAAGUGCCCUUUGAGUAUGAGAAUCCGCACGUAAUUAUCUACAAAGUGGUGACUGACAAUCUACGCCCACAGGAAAUCGAUUCUCUAAAGACUACGAAAGAUUUGGCAUAUGUGACCCUCUACAAACAGUGCUGGGAUAGAGAACCGCAGGACAGACCAACCUUUGAAGGAUUAGUCGAAACAUUUAAUACUUGGGUUAACAAGACGUUUUUAAAUUAUAAAAUAUUUCAUACUAAUUCAUUAGGUUUCAAUCUUUCUCCCUCCAAUACAGAGACACACGAAAUAAGCAAAUACAAGGCGAAAUCUUAGAUUAAAACCUUCAAAAACAAUUUCAAUGUGCUCUGAAAUUAACUGAUUUUAGAACUUGUAUUUAGUCCAGUUAUUUUGUUAUGUCCU